GACACUCCACUCCGCCUACCGAGUAAUAAGGUUAAUGGUUAUGACAAGUUUGGACAUUUCCUCCCACCUUUCCCAGAGUCAAACAAUACCAUCACUUCAAGCAUGCACAACAGCAUCUACUCCGCAUCUAUCUACUUGGAAUCCUGAGACGUGAUAUAAUACUUACAAUUGAAGGAACCGGAUCUUUCUCCGGAAUAGACGCUCACCGCCAUUUGUCGAGUGUUUGGGCGAUAGAUAACUUGGGGGGAGCUCUAUUCAAUAUCAGCGAAUCACUCGAUUAGGCAGGCCAGGCCAACCGGUUUGUGCUUUGCAUGCAUAGGUCACUACGCAACCUUCCUUCGAAGACCCAUACCGAUUAAAUUCCAACGACUCGAACCCCUCAUUCGCAAUUUCUCGUUCUCAGAGACUUUCGUUGUCUCUUGUCUUUAUAUCUCUUCAAGAGAAACACUGUUCCUUCGAUAUUAAAUACCUAAAGGCGAGACGGGAACAAACAUCUGCAUUGAAGGAGAGGCGGCAAUUUAGGAAGGUUGCGAAAGUAAUCCUGCGUAUAUUUACAGCACUAUGACGAGGGUUUAUGUUUACAGUGUCGCUCUCGCAGUGUUUAUCGCUGCGACAACAAUGACUUUUGUAUCGAUCUUCAUACCUGAUUGGAUUACAUGGGAUGUGACGACACCGAACGGUAAUCAUGUAACGAAAUCGAUAGGACUUCAUCGCAGCUACAGUUCGCUCACAGGCCACUCUUCUCAUUUCCCUACAUCGGAAGAUUGUGCUGGGCCAGACAGGGGAUUCUGUUCCAUGUGGCGAUCCGUAGGAUUUCUGAUGUCUUUUGCAGCUGUGGUAGAGUUAGUUACACUGGUGGCAUAUGUAGUUGUCUUACUCGGUGGCAAGCAAAAGAGAGAGACGGGCUGGAAAAUACUAGCUUUGUUGCUGGUGUUGGUGGGUAUAGUUCAAGCAGCUAGUAUGAGUAUUGUGGCAUAUCUAUAUGACCAUGAUGAACAAUUCUUCCCGGGCUGGAAGCUGGACAAAGGAUGGAUUUUCUGCACUGUUAGUUGGUGUCUCUCGAUUGUAUCGGCUGCAGGUAUUACAAUCUCUGCAUUUGCCCUCGCCCCUGAAGAUGGCUACGAACUCAUACCAAGUGAGCGCUCCGGAGGAAUUUCCGCAUAAUUCCUACUUUGGUCAACUCUGCAACAAACUCGUGAUACAUUGACAUGGCUAUAACGAUUCGAUCUUACUUCUCUUGGCAUCUAUACUUUUGGCAACGACAUGGAAUGUCUGUAAAAAGACUUUCCAAGGUCUCAUGAUUUGGGUGGAUCAUUUUCUGCAUUUGAGCAUUUUCAGAGCGGCUGUAUGAAUGAAUCUAUGCGUAUACGACUGAUGGAUUGAAUAGGAUUGGAUUAAUAUGAAUUGAUGGUUAGGAACUAGGAGUUAGGCCAAUGAAAGCAUGUUUCUCGUCUUAAUCA